CUCACCUAGAACAAAUCAUGGCGGAUGCAUCGGAAAUUAAAGAUGUUCUUUACGACGCUCUAGAAAUAAUAUUUGGAUGGGGGCCCAAGAUUACGGAACGAAGCAAAGUGGAAUAUGGCCCACUGAAGCUUAAUAUUGCUCCAAAGCGGUUGAACUGGGCUGGUUGUAUUCUUCUAUUAUUGCUUGCGGCCGCUUUGCCCGAUGAUCAAUCUCUUUCUAACGAGGUUAUCCUUGGAAACCUUAUGAAUAAUGUUUUGUGGAAGGCAUCAAUAUGCGGGUGCCCAUCCGCCAAUGACAGCCAUGACAUUGUCGUCCUGUUGCGCUUCGGCAGUUCUCGCCCCGUCCUAGUCACGACACUAACAUCAUUCCUUGUCAAGUUCGCCGAUGCCCGGGUGCAUAUUCCUGCGGGGAAAUCGACAAGACAUGAGUCUACAUAUCUUCCUAUGCUUUAUUUGCAUUUUGGCUUCAAUAUUGCAGCCAUGUGUUUGCGGGGAGCCAUCGCGCCCACAGUUCUAGCGCUUCGUUAA